GCAUCCCAAAGAAAGAGAAGGGUGGUGCCAGCAGCCAGGCCAAGUGGCUUGCUGCUUUUAUGGAGACAAAGAGAAAACUAGUAAUUGUUGUAGAGUAAUUAGCAGGCAGCUUUGAGAAAUCAGGUUGUCUGUUUCUUGUUUCUUCUAAGUUCCAGGAGUCUUGGUUAUCUCUGAGCUGUAGUCAGGCUUAUUGCAGGGGAUGUGAUUUUGCCCCUGAGAUAUGGUUUUGUACAGGAAACUAAGACCUGGAAUUUACCUCCUGCUGUCUGUUGGAGAGCUUCUCAGGAACACCUGGAAGCUAUAGAAAGAAAUUCUCACGUCUGUGAGCCUUGAAUGUCAAGAGAACAAUUUACAUUUCCUUUCUGUCUUUUGGAUCUUUUCAGAUGUCUGUGAAAACAAAGUCCCUGCAGGGUGCCUGCCAGCUUGGGAGAGAGUAGGGAGAGCUCAAACUUGAUCUUUAGAUGUUAUGAGAAAAUUGUGAGAUUAGAUAUUUUUCUGUUAUUUCAGCCAGGCCAUUCUUACAAAAACCUCCACAAGCUCUUUCACUUAUUGCUGAGUCAAGAACCGGCAGGCCUUGCUUUCUCAAAGGGCUCCUGAUCCUGGCUUCCUGGGCACCUCUCUCCCUCCUUUCACCACCACUACCCUUCUCAGUGGGCUCACGGGAUGGGAGCUGUCCUGUACUGUACCUCUCAGUCUACACUGUGUGUUUCCUAGGCAGAGACUAACUAGAGCUCUCUUGUUCCCUGUUGUAGGAACAGAUGCAACUCCACCCCAAACUCCAUUUCCCCAUGUAAACUGGAUUUCCUCGCAUCUCCUUAAAUAGGUCUUUAGUAGCCAGGUGGUCUUAUUUGGUCUCUGAGUGCUGGUACAUCUUAAAUUACUUUCCUGGGUCUCACUUUCUUUAUCUCUAAGAUGAAGAGUUAGAACACAUAUUGUGCUUAAGCACUCUGGUCGGAGGCUGGGUUGCUUUGCAGGCAGAGACAUCUUUUUGGAUUCUCCCUCUACCUGCCCCCACUAAAAUACUGGCACAUAGCAGACACUCGAUGAAAGCUUGUUGAAUUGACAAAUCUGUGGCUCCUACCCAGUGGUUGGCACUUAGAGGCCCUCCAUAAAUAACUAUCGAGUUUAAUUUUGUUCCAUCUCCCCAGCACAUUUGUGGCAUUCUUGAGGACAGGAAGCGUGUAUUCAGUAGGGCCGUGACAGAAGACAAAAUCAGGCGGGUCCCUGUUUCCAAGAAGUUCGCAGUUCAGUGUAGGAGGCCAAGACGAUAACUCGCCCAUGUGACCAGUGUCUUCCCAAAGGCAGCCCGUCCCAAGGCGGACCAGGUGAGGCAAGAGCGGUAACUCCCAGGCGCCGGGCCGGGUCGCGAGACUGAUUGCUGAGGGCUGGGUCGGAGGUAACCCUCUGGACCUUUUCAUUGGCUGUCAGCGACCAUCCCUCUAUCACCCAACCAAUCCCGGACGCCUGCCGGAAGCCCCGCGGCCCGCAGGCAGCCAAUCCAAAGUGCGGGGCGGGCCACGGACGCGGGUCGGAGUCCGGCGGAAAAUGUCGCGGCUCGGGCCGUCGUGGGGUGGGGGGUGCGCGGAGGCCUGGCCCGGGCGAGCCGAGCCCUGGGGCCGCUGGCCGCCGGCCGCCAUGGAGUACGAGCAGCCCGACAGCCUGGAGGGCUGGGUGCCGCUCCGCGAGGACCUCUUCGCCGAGCCCGAGCGGCACCAGCUGCGCUUCCUGGUGGCCUGGAACGACGCGGAGGGCAAGUUCGCCGUGACCUGUCACGACCGCACGGCGCAGCGGCGGCGGCGCACGGGCAGCCGGCCGGGGCCCGAGCCCGAGCCCGAGCCCGAGCGCGAGGCCGCCGCGCCCCCGCCCAGCUGGGCCGGCCUGCUCUCGGCCGCCGGGCUCCGCGGCGCGCACCGGCAGCUGGCGGCGCUGUGGCCGCCUCUGGAGCACUGCUUCCCGCGGCUGCCGCCGGAGCUGGACGCGGGCGGCGGCGGCGGGGCCUGGCCGGGGCUCGGGCUGUGGGGGCUGGUGUGGCCGGCGCGCGCGGGCCCCGGCGAGGCGGCGCUGCAGGAGCUGUGCCGGCAGCUGGAGCGCUACCUGGGCCACGCGGCCGACGGCUGCGGCGGCGCCACCGUGCGCGACGCGCUCUUCCCGGCCGAGGGCGGCGCGGCCGACUGCGAGAGCCCGCGCGAGUUCCGGGAGCGGGCCCUGCGCGCGCGGCGGGCCGAGGCGGGCGCGCGGCUGCGUCAGGUUCUUCAAGGACAUGGAAAAGCCAACACCAUGGUAGCAUUAAUGAAAAUUUAUCAAGAGGAAGAUGAAGCAUACCAGGAAUUAGUUACUGCGGCAACCACAUUCUUCCAGUAUUUACUGCAGCCAUUUAGGGAUAUGCGAGAAGUUGCAACUUCAUGUACGCUUGAUAUUUUGAAGUCCUUGGAUGAGGAUGACCUGGGUCCCAGAAGGAUAGCUGUCUUGCAGAAGGAAGCCGAAGAAUGGACGAGACGGGCUGAAGAAGCCGUUGUCUCUAUUCAAGAUAUCACAGUGAAUUAUUUUAAGGAAACAGUGAAAGCAUUAGCAGGAAUGCAGAAACAAAUGGAACAGGAUGGGAAGAGGUUUGGCCAGGCUGCCUGGGCCACAGCACAUCCCAGGUUAGAAAAGCUUAAGCUAAUGCUAGCUCGAGAGACUCUGCAACUCAUGAGAGCCACAGAGUUGUGUUUAAAUCACAAAAGAGCUGCAAUUCAAAGAAAGAUGGAAAGUCUUCAAGGAAAAGAAAAAAAUACAGACGUUGUAGAUGAAUUGGAAAUACAAUUUUAUGAAGUUCAAUUAGAACUAUUUGAGGUUAAAUUUGAGAUAUUAAAAAAUGAAGAAAUACUGCUUAUUACACAGUUGGACUCUAUUAAAAGACUUAUGAAAGAGAAACAGGAUGAAGUUGUCUAUUAUGAUCCAUGUGAAAGCCCGGAGGAACUUAAAGUCAUUGAGCGUGUCGGGGGGCUGCAGGAGAAGAAUUCGGAGGUGCAAGAGCUCAGCCAGCGGUGCCAGCAGCUGGAGUCUAGGCGGGGCCGGCUCUGUGCCAGGAGGGCCUAUCUCAGGAACAGAAAGGAUCAAUGCAAGGAAAACCAUCGGCUCAGGUUGCAGCAGGCUGAAGAAAGCAUACGAUAUUUUCAUCAGCAUCAUAGUAUUCAGAUGAAAAGAGACAAGAUAAAAGAAGAGGAGCAAAAUAAAAAAGAAUGGAUAAAUCAAGAACGCCAAAAAACACUCCAACGAUUAAGAGCAUUUAAAGAGAAACGUCCAGCUCAGUCUGUAAUAAAAACCUCUUCCUCAGAACCUGUGACUCCAAACCUGCCAGGUGGGCUUUCCCCGCAGACACCCUCACCAGCUUCCCCGACGGUGGCAGUAAUUCACCAGUCCUCUAGGAAAACCAGAAGUCUUCCUUUAUCUGAAGUUAGUAAUGUGAAACCCCCCAAGUGUCCAGACUAUGUUGGAAAUAUCCCUGUCCAGAUUUCUGUUCCAGUUGGUGACCAAACACACUUCAAAUCCAGUGAGGAAGUGUCACUGCCACCAUCGCCACCACCUCUACCACCUCCACCACCACCUCCUCCUCCUCCACCGCCCCCUCUCCCUGCUCUGUCCUUGUCCUCGCAAGCUCCAACUCAUCGGAACGUAGCCUUCAGGACUACAGAAAAAGACGAUCAGCCACGUCCUCUAGUGUGUGAAUCACCUGCUGAGAGACCACGUGACUCCUUGGAAAGUUUCCAGGGCCCAGGAUCCAUGGAUGAAGUGUUGGCCUCCUUGAGGGAGGGCAGAACCCCUCUCCGGAAAGCAGAGGUGCCCGCCCUGGCCCCUCCCCGAGCCUCAGUCAACGAGCAUAUUCUGGCUGCCAUAAGGCAGGGGGUCAAACUGAAGAAAGUUCGCCCCAACUCUGGCCUGAGCCCCAGCAGUAGACCCACCAGCGACCUCGAGAGCAGCAUCAAGGCAGCGCUCCAGAGAAUCAAGAGAGUGUCCGCCGACUCGGAGGAAGACAGUGACGAGCAGGACCCUGGCCAGUGGGACCGUUAAGUUCUUCUCCAGGUUCAAGAGGCGCCCACCACAGCGAGCUGGGAUGAGCAAGGUGGGGCCACGAGAGCAGGGCCUGCUCUCGAAAAGCAUGUGAACAGGGUGCUACACUAGCACCCCAGGACAGCAGCAGGGCUUGCUGUGAGGUGCUGAGGUUUUACGGCACACUGGCUCCUCAGGCUGGGAAGGGAAGCAGAGAGGUGGGGACUUCCACACACUAACCGAUAGUUGGGGUGUCAAAGCCCAUAAGCGUAUUUAUUGCUGGCCUAAGAAUAGCACUUCUCACCAGGGGCAAUCUAGAAUAUUCCCUGAUUCUGAAAGUUUAUAACUACUAUAGUAAGCAGCACUGUUAAACUACUGACUGUCCUUAUGGAAGAGUGGCUUCUCAGGUUCGAAUGUGAACUUCAUUUUAGCAGUAAUCAGGAUAAAUUGCUCAUAGUCAGGAGUUUACCUUGUUUCCCA